AUGUCUGGACGUGGAAAGAAAAAUGUGGUGGCUGCAAAACCUACACUUCUACCAAGAAAAACAAAGUCAGCAAAGGCUGGCCUGCAAUUCCCGGUGGGUCGUGUCCACCGACUUCUCAAAAGAGGGAACUAUGCUGAGAGAAUAGGUGCUGGUGCUCCGGUCUACCUGGCGGCCGUGCUGGAAUAUCUGACGGCUGAGAUAUUGGAACUGUCAGGAAAUGCUGCCCGUGAAAACAAGAAAGGCAGGAUUGGGCCACGACACAUCCAGCUGGCCGUGCGGAACGAUGAAGAGCUGAACAAGCUGUUUGCCGAUGUGACCAUUGCUGAAGGAGGAGUUAUGCCCAACAUCCUUUCCCAGCUUCUUCCCAAGAAAACUCUUAGAGAGCCUUUACCAAGAGGGGAUGCUGCUGCUUCCCAAGAACAAUCCAGUAGCCACUGA